AUGGGCCAACCAUCAAUUCCCCCUACCCCUACCUCCGCCAGUGUGGCCGGUAAAACCGCCAUUAUCACCGGCGGCAACACAGGAAUCGGUUACGAAGUCGCCCGUCAGCUCCUCAUCCUCAAAGCAUCACGUAUCAUCAUCACUGUCCGAUCAACCAGUAAGGGUCAGGAGGCCGUCGCCUCACUGCGUGCCAUCCCGGAAGUGAAAAAGUUCAACCCCACCGCCACGAUCGAAUUCUUCCAUCUCGAUCUCGACGAUUCUCAAUCCGGCGUGGAGUUUGCAAAAAGAGUCCGCGCCGAGGUUCCUGAACUACACCUUCUCAUUUGCAAUGGUGGCGUUAAUGUGAUGAGUUACGAAGAUAGCAAAAGUGGCCAUGAACGUGUCAUGCAGGUCAACUGUUAUACUCAUUUCCUGGUUACAUUGGAACUCCUCCCCCUUCUUCGCACCACCGCAGUCAAAUGUGGCGAACCAUCGCGUCUUACGUUCGUCGGAUCGAGUAACCAAAACUUCAACACGCUGGCGAAAAAUGCUCCAAAGGAUUCCGAGACCGUGAUCGAACACUACGAUAACAAACAGACGUACAGUGGGUUGCAGCGGUACGCGGACAGUAAAUUCGUCGUAAAUGCGUUUGUGCAGCGACUGUCGACCAUCGUGCCACCUUCAGAGGUUAUCAUCAACGAUCCCUGUCCCGGGUUGGUGGCUACCGGAUUCGAUCGAGGACUGCCAUUUUGGUUGAAGCCGUUAAUGUAUGUGUUGAGGAAGUUGAUGGCGAGAACUGUCGAUGAGGGGGCAAGGACGCUUAUCUAUGCGGCUGUUGUUGCUGGGGAGGAGACCCAUGGGAAGUUUUUGCAGAGUAAUAAGGUGGAUCCUGGCGCGCCCAUCUUGCAGGAGAAAGCCGGACAGACUUUCAUCGAGAGAUUGUGGAAGGACACUAUCACAGAGGCUAGCCAGUAUGACGUUGAGUUGCAGAGCUUCGCUUGA